GCCCUCGUGGGUGGCCGUGGCCGCGGUGACGCCAGAAGGCCCGCGCUCCGAUUGGCGGAUUCAAUCGUCGCGGGCUACUUGAACAGCGAGAGCGAAGCGGGCCCAGCACGAACAGCUGCCGAGGGAGGGCUCUGCCUUGCCGCGCUGCCCGGCUUGCUUGUCCCGGUCCCGCAGUCGAGCGCCGCCCGCGACCAUGCUGCUGGGCUCCUCUACCGCCUCGGAUCGGGAGAACCAGGAGAAUGUGCCCCCGGGGGCGAAGGAGGCGCCCCAUCCUGCAGCCGCGCCGGGAGCCCGGGCAGCGCUGGGGCUGCUGCGGGUUAAUCAGCACCGGCCCGCCCAGCCGCAGGUUCCCCUUAGCCAAGUACCAUGGAGUACAAAUGAUGAAAACUACAUCAGUUUCCCUGUGGGCAAAAUGGAGAAUAAGCCACCUGCCUUCACCAUCCACAUGGAUGAGCCUGGUGACACAAGACAGAAGAAGCAUGUAUCCAAAAAGAGCUCAUCUAGCGAAGAGACAUUAGGCUUGAAGGCAGCAGUUUCUUCAAUGGGUACCAGAAAACCUCUGACCCCUAUAGACAAUCCAAUGGAUCUUAGUUCUGGGUCCCCAACUAUCAUGGAUAUGUCGAUAGUCCAAGAAGUAGAAAACAGAAUUAACGUCAACCAUGUACCAGACUACAUUGAAGACAUCUAUAAGUACCUUAGGGAAAUGGAGGUAAAAUGCAAGCCCAAAGUGGGUUACAUGAAGAGGCAACUGGAUAUUACAAACAAUAUGCGGGCUAUUCUUGUGGAUUGGCUAGUGGAAGUUGGUGAAGAAUACAAACUGCAAAACGAAACUCUGCACUUGGCUGUGAACUACAUCGAUAGGUUUCUCUCUUCAAUGUCUGUGCUAAGAGGGAAGCUUCAGCUUGUAGGAACAGCUGCCAUGCUGUUGGCAUCAAAGUUUGAAGAAAUCUACCCUCCAGAAGUAGCAGAAUUUGUUUACAUCACAGAUGACACUUACACAAAGAAACAAGUCCUCAGGAUGGAGCACUUAGUUCUGAAAGUCCUGUCAUUUGAUCUGGCAGCUCCAACUAUAAACCAGUUCCUUUCUCAGUACUUCCUGCAUCAACCAGCUAGUGUUCAAGUGCAGCAUCUAGCUAUGUACUUGGGAGAACUGAGUCUAAUUGACGCUGACCCAUACCUGAAAUACUUGCCAUCGGUAAUCGCUGCAGCAGCAUUUCAUAUAGCAAGCUACACAAUUUCUGGGAAAACAUGGACUGACUCUCUUGCAAAAGUGACAGGAUACACAAUUGAAAAUCUUACACCUUGUCUCAUGGACCUCCACAAGACCUACUACAGAGCAGCACAGCAUACACAACAGUCUAUACGGGAAAAAUACAAGGCCUUAAAGUACCAUGCAGUAUCGCUCAUCGACCCGCCAGAGAGGCUAAACUUAUAACAAUCAAGAAACGGAGACUUGACAUCUCAAGUGUAUAUUAACCAACAGUAAAUGUACAGUUUAAAAACUUAUUUUAGACUUCUAUCAUUCUGGUAUAUUACCAUAGAAAAUUAUGAUGUGUUCUAAUUUUUUAUAAGGUUUUAAUGUAAACUUUUGUACAUGCAAUCUUGUUCUAAGUAUGUGGUGGAGCUCUUUUAAAGUUGUUUAAACAGGCUUAAACCAUGCAGGUAAAUGACUCAAAUGUUGAUGUUCAUUUAUAAAUAAGAGCAGUGUAAAUGGGGAUUCUGACUCUAGAGGGCAAAUCAAGAUAGUUCAGUCGAGUCAAUGGCAUAAAGAAUCCUAAGGGUGCCCCAGACUCCAUGUAUAAUUAAGCUUACUGUACCACCUUUGGGAAAGUCAACUAGUGACUAAAACUCAAAAGGAAGCUAUUGUGAUGCUUCCUGUUUUCAACCAUGAUCUCCCAACUGGCUACCAGAAGCCUGGACCAGCUGUCAAGAAUAGUCCACUUAGUACAUGCCACUAAAGAAGCCAAUAAAAUACUGCAUUAAUCGUUCUUAUUUUAACCCAUUGUGUUGUGUCUGGAAUAUGAGGGAAACAGGUAAUCAUCUUGUAACAGGCCACAGGUAGCUAGUGUAUUCUGAAAAUUAUUUAGGCUUGUAGUUGCUGAGGUCAUGCACGAAGCCUGUCUAAUAAUGAGCAGACCUUGUUUCUGACCUGCAGUUACACCUGCUGUGUAUUAAAGUCAACAGUUAAUGAGGGGUAAUGUAGUACUGAGCUGAUGAGGGCAACCUUGAUUCCGUUACUGCAGAACACUAUUCUGCAUUCUCGCUGCAGAAGGUUGAGAUGCUUGGCAUGGUCAGCUCAAGUCUACUUCUGGUAUAGUUAGAGUACUGAAAAUGGGUUAAGGUAGUGAGUAUCCUAUAGGUACUAAAUCCUAGUUUGAGUGGUCAUCUGUAUUUAUAAUAGUGGCUAUUUUAUAACCAUAUUUAAGUAGGAUUGACUUCCUGUAAACCAGACGUAAACACUGCUUGUUAUGAUGUGCUCACAAUAGACCAAUGCAUGGACAGACCCAAGUGUAAAACAUCUUGAAGCUGGUCAAUAAAAACUUAAAGGAA